AUGGGAGAAGUUGCUGUCUUUGUUGAGACUAACUUGGGAACCCGAAUCGCCAUGACGGUUUCUCUCGAUAUCACAUCAGCAGAUUUCAAGAGAAAACUUGAGGAAACACAUGAAAGUUGCCUACCCAGCUUAGGGGAGAUACGCGUUCAUGGUCUAAUGGUUCAUCGAAAGGCUCAGUUUUAUUACCUUGCUCAAUCUGUGCCUAUAAAGUACAUCUUCCGGGAUAACCAAAAGCCCUGGUUUAUCCACGCAGAAGCUAGACUUGUUAACAGUUCACAAGAGCCAAGCAUAUCCAACCGCUUUGGUAAAUCUCAAAUUAGACAUUGCUCAGGUCCCGAAAAAUCCCCUGAAGUAGGCGUUGGGCUAAUCCAUGGUGUAAACAAGAAGAGAAAGAAGAGAGAGUUUGUUGUUUCUGAAACCAUAGUAAGAUCUUCAUUGUCAACAGCAAGAGCUGCUGAGUUGAACAACUUGGAAUGUUUCGUACCAAAAACGCCGGAGAGGGAUACUUCUGUGAGUAAAAGUGAAACGAUAAGCCAUAAGCUAAUUGUGGCUGCGAAAAACAUAAGAAUGCAUGGAAAGUCUAGUAUGUCUUGUUCACUAUCAUCAUCUAUUUUCAGAAGCAAGACUCGGAGAAAGAGAUGUAAAGAUGGUAAGAAACUCGCUUCUCUUGCAAAGUUUAUGGUCUUUGAGAUACCUGAUACCGAGGACUGAGUCACUAAAAGGGAGGGAGAGAUACUCGGGACAAAGAAGAUAUAGCUAGAUUUCUUCAGUUUGUCACCGGAACAUCAAAGGUAAACCAAAUAUCAGCAGCAGCUUCUAUCGAAUACACCUGAAAUAUUUCCUGUUGUUGAUAAUCUUCAUAUCUGGUAUCCCUGCUCUGCCUAUCUUCCUCUUUUGAAAAGAAUAGGGAAUUUUUCUUUCGUUUUAAGAGAGUGGUGUAUCUCUUUUUACAACUUCAAGAACUCCUGCUACUUGCCAGCCAAUGAAGGUUUCGGGUUUGCUUGAACAAAACUUCUUGAAACUACCUUCAAAACCAGUGAAAACCCAUCAAUCCUUCAUUCUUUUGCCCCCUAUGUAUAUGCAAAUCCUUGAAGAUUUGCAGGCAGGAAAGGAGUGCUGCCUUUCGGUAAAGACUGCAGAAUGAAUUGAAAACUGGAGAGACUACUUUUAUCUUUCCUGUUUUUCUCUUUGGAUUUGUAAAGCAAAAAAUCUUUAAAAGAGAACAUUUGAUUUUGCAAACUUCUCAAACAUUAUUUUGGUAGCUGCUAUCCAUAAUGCACAUUGUAUCAAAUAAAUUGGUUCCAUCUUUCAUCAAGACAAUGCUAUACAAGUGCAAGCAGAAAAAGCUAAGACAAAUGCUUUGACUGUCACGGUCCUUGGCAUCUUCCCUUUGUCUUUCCUCAACAACAUGCCCUCAUAUAAAGGCCAGUUUAUUACCACAAGUAGUC